AUGGCGAUGACUGCCCCUGGAUGGAGUCCAGCACGGGCAGCACCCCUGCAGUGCUGCCCACACUGCUCCUGCUGGUCACCGGUGGCCCUCUGGGAACCCGACGAUGGGCAGACGGCAGAAAAGCUGGGCUGCCGCUGGGGAUCACACGGCUGCACACGCUGGGGCUCGCAGCCAGGCUCUCGCCGGGGCUUUGGCUGCCACAGCGUGAGAUCAUUUUCGGACGAACGUGACCGCGGGUGGCCGCGGCGCCCGUGCGUAAGCGCCCCUGGCCUGAAGGCCCUCCAACGCCGCCUCAGGGACCUCACGCCCGCUCCUCGCGUCUCCAAAGCCGCCCGGCAGCGCGGGGAGCGCCGGGGCCCUCGCCGCGCGUCCCCUGCCGCCGGUCCGACAGCCCCCCGUCCGCCCGAACCCCCGCGCAGAGAACGCCCCGAGUGCCAGCGAGGCCGUGCUCUCCUGUUCCCACAGCGGCAGAACGGCCCCGGGCAGCGUGUGAUCCGGGAGGUGAACACCACCACGCGGGCCUGCGCCCUGUGGGGCCUGGCCGAAGACAGCGACUACACGGUGCAGGUCCGCAGCAUCGGCCUCCGCGGAGAGAGCCCCCCGGGGCCCCGCGUGCACUUCCGGACGCUCAAGGGCUCUGACCGGCUGCCCUCAAACAGCUCGAGCCCAGGUGACAUCACAGUGGAGGGUCUGGAUGGAGAGCGGCCACUGCAGACCGGGGAAGUGGUCAUCAUCGUGGUGGUGUUGCUCAUGUGGGCUGCUGUAAUUGGGCUGUUCUGCCGUCAGUAUGACAUCAUCAAGGACAACGACUCCAACAACAACCCCAAAGAGAAGGGAAAGGGGCCGGAACAGAGUCCUCAGGGAAGGCCGGUGGGGACAAGACAGAAGAAGUCACCAUCCAUCAACACUAUCGACGUUUGAGUGAAGAAACAGAAGCAGAAGAGAAGCACUGACAGCCUGGGGAUGGGGAUGGGGUUGGGGACAGCCUAAGGGGGUGACCCACUCCCACAGUCUCAGGCCUGGUACCCAUCCUCUCUCCACUGUGAGCAGAGCCAGAAGGUAGGUUAGUGCCCUGGACCUGGGGAGUGAACAGCAGGUGGGAUAUCCACCCUCCCCAGGGCCAGGAGUCACCUGUUCCACCCUAUCACAUUAGGUCCCAAAUGGGGGCCCCAUUUCGCCUGUAUCAGGACUCUCAGCACCCCCAGCGGCCCCCUGCAUCUUGCCUCUGGGCCUCAGUGAGGGGGUGUUUCCGUGGGCACUUCCCUUCCCUGGCAAGUGAAAGGAAGGUCUGAGCCGGAGGCGGCCGCUGAGCCACACUACUCCAAUGUCUUCCAUGGAGCCCCAGGUGCUCCCCCUGGCCCGGCAGCACCGGCUGCUGGCAAGCUUGCCCUUGGACAUUUUUCCAAUAAAGGUUCUUGGACUAACUGGA